AUGGUACCGCUUGUUGGUGACAGAACCCUGAACGAGAUGCUUCAUCGAAGGAUUGUAGAACCAAAAUCGGAGAAAAAUUCAUCUUCAGAAACUGCUGUGAAACCACUGGUUAAAUCGCAUGACGGUGAUAAAUUUUGGUGGUCUUAUAGUACCACAGCCUCUUCAUUACAGCUUUUGAAAACCUAUUUGGAGCAAUAUCCUCUGGAAAGAUUCCCGAAUUGGAGUCUUACUAACGACCCAUAUUAUGUCGAAGCUCCAAUUGACAAAUUAGUUGAUUUCGGGUUUCACCUUAGAACGCACUUAACUGCCUUAAUUUUGGCUGGAAAUCCGGCUAUUGAAUAUCUACAGCGUCGGCAAACGGGAUUAUUGACUUUUUUGGCUCGACUGUUCACGAAACUUGGCUUGGAAGAAUUUUUCACUUUAAUUGUGGUUGGAAACUUGUGGUUGUUCGAUGCAAGGUUGGGAAGAUUUCUUUCUGCUUUACUUGCAUUGGGUUUCUCUGUCUCUGGUGCACUGAAAGGAUUGUUCUGUCUGCCGCGACCGCCAUCUCCGCCUGCUAUACGUCUUAGCGAAGAAGAUAAAGAUUGGUAA